GGCCGGCUGGCCGCAGGUGCUGGGGGAGCGCUGCAAUCCCCAGGCUCCGGUCCGCGGGGCGCACGCUGCGGCUGCGCAGCCUUGGCUGCUCCGCAGGGAGAAGGGCAGGGGACGCCGCCGAGCCCUGUGUGCCCCCCCCGCGCUGGUCUCGGCGUGUUUGUUGUGUGCCCGGGGCCAUGGAGCGCGCGUUCACGCCGCUGGAUUGCCUCCUGCCCGCCGGAAACCUGAAGUUUUGCCUUGUGAUUCUGAACCAGCCUUUCAACAGAGGUCAUUUUCAUUGUCUGUGGAGCAAAGCUGCACUGAGAGCUUGUGCUGAUGGAGGUGCCAAUCGUCUCUAUCACAUCACAGAGGGAAGCCAGGACAGCUUCUUGCCUGAUUACAUCAGUGGUGAUUUUGAUUCCAUUCAGCCUGAAGUCAAGGAGUACUACAAGGUCAAGGGGUGUGAGUUAAUUGAGACCAUGGAUCAGGACCUCACAGAUUUCACCAAGUGCCUUCAGAUACUUCAGAAGAAGAUAGAGAAGAGGGGCCUGCAGGUUGAUGUGAUUGUGACUUUGGGUGGACUUGGAGGACGCUUUGACCAAAUAAUGGCGUCGGUGGAAACGCUUUUUCAUGCAACAAAUAUUACUCCUUUUCCAGUGAUAGUUAUUCAGGAGUGCUCACUGAUCCACCUGCUUCAACCUGGCAAGCACAAGCUGCAUGUGGACACAGGACUGGAAGGCAACUGGUGUGGCCUCAUCCCCGUUGGGAACUCCUGCGAGCAUGUGACCACUACAGGCCUCAAGUGGAACCUCACUAACCAGGUGCUGAAGUUUGGAACACUGGUCAGUACUUCCAACACCUAUGACAACUCUGGAACCGUGACCAUUGAGACAGACAAACCUUUGCUGUGGACGAUGGCUGUCAAAACAUAAGAGCAGCCUUUCCUGAUGGGAGUCAACUCCAAGCACUCAAAGAUUUCACUGAAUUAAGGAGCAAAGCUGUUCUGAAGAUACAAGCAGGCACUGAUUUUUAUGUACUGAAUGGCAAACAAGUCUGAAAUAAAAAUCACUUGAGAUCAAA